AUGAAAAUCAGUCCGAGUAUUCAUUCACAUUCAUUUAUCGAUGCACAACGGCAAAAUCGUCGUCGUCGUUAUUCGCUGAGUUCACCGCAACUAUUCGAAUCGCGAGCAGACACUUCUCUUCAUCAUUCUGAUACUCUCUCAACGAAAAUCCAUUCGAUAUCCUCAAAUUCGAAUCUAUUGUUUCCAUCGAAUGAGACUGACGCAGAAAAGUAUGACAUUUUGUCAAAGCUGAACACUGGAGCAUAUGGUUCGAGUUAUUUAAUUCGAGAUUCGAACGAUGGACAGAUAUAUCUGCUCAAACGGAUUGAUGAUUCCCUACCCGAUCGAUUUCGACAACGUCUAUGGGAAGAAAGACGAUUGUUAGGUUGUCUAAAAUCGAAUUAUAUUCUUCCGCUAAUUUCGGCUUAUACGGAUACGCAACAUCAUUGUUUUUCGAUGAAAUUCGAAUAUAUUAAUGGAAUAACAUUAUUACAACUGUUAAGACGCUUUCGUUGGUUUGAAGAGUCAGUUGUAGCCUUUUACAGUGCACAAAUUGUACUCGCAUUCGAAUAUUUCCACGAGCUAAAUCUUAUUUAUCGAAAUCUCAAAUUAGAAACUAUUCUUCUGACAGACCAUGGUUAUAUCAAGCUAAGUGAUUUUGCAUUCACAAGAUUGUUACCAUCCCAUACAAGUUCAACUCAUUCCAUCGUCGGUGUGCCUGAUCUAAUGCCACCGGAAAUGCUUUUAGGUCAAUCGUACUCGUUCUCUGUGGACUGGUGGCAAUUAGGCAUUGCUAUGUUUGAAAUGUUAACAUCAUAUUCACCAUUUUAUGCUUCGUCGAUGAUGCAAACACACGAAAAUGUUCUUUGCAAUCAUCGCGCUAAAUUUCCAUUACGACUCAGUAGUUCAGUCAAAUCUACUUGUCGGUUGUUGCUCCAACCUAAUGUAAAGAAACGACUGGGUUGUUCGAUCAUAGGUGAUCGCGAUCCAAAACACCGCGCCGAAGAAAUUAUCCGCAUCUGUGAUGUAACUGGAAACAAAAAAUUAACUAAAGAAGAAUUCAUCGCCGGUUGCAAAAACGAUCCAGUCAUUCGUCGUUUACUCGUUCCAAACGCUUAA